AUGAUGAGUCUUCAAAUACGCUACUUUCUAGAGUUUUCCAUCCCAUUACUGUGGUUAGUUGAAGCUUCAGUUACAACUGAUACCAGUCUAGUACACCAAACGAUAAUUGAUAAGCUGUACCCGUAUAAAUUUACCAGGUGGUUAAUAGCCUUUUUUCUGUUCAUGGCAUACGUACUUCGCAUAGCGUCUAUCCAGGGUUUUCAUAUUGUUAGCUAUACUUUAGCAAUCUACUUAUUGAGUCUAUUUAUUUCAUUCAUUUCUCCGAAAGUAGAUCCUGCCUUUGCUGAACUGUUGGAUGAGAGUCCGACGCUCCCACGAACAGAGGGUGAAGAGUUCAGACCCUUCAUACCAAGGUUACUGGAGUCAAAAUUUUGGUUGUCUACUGUUCGUGCUAUCACCAUCAGUAUAUUCUGCACAUAUCUUCCCUUCUUGGAUAUCCCAGUAUUUUGGCCAAUACUUGUUAUGUAUUUUAUAAUGUUGUUCGCAAUUAUGAUGAAAAGGCAAAUAAAGCAUAUGAUUAAGUACCGCUACGUUCCAUUUACUUAUGGAAAACCGAGACCAGUUGGAUCAGGUAACAAAGAACAAGUGUCUGCUGUGAUCAACUCAUGAUCUUAAUUGAGACAAACUGUCUUAUAUUUCUUUGAAU